AUGCUGGGGCUUGCGACGCAUGAAGCACACUUUUAUAUUCUUAGAGAAACAAUAACUGAUACUCCUCCUGCUCCUGCUGCUGCUGCUGCUGCUGCUGCUGCAGCAGCAGCAGCAGGGGGCGGUGCUGCAGUAGGGGGUGAUGCUGCAGCAGAAGAGACAGCAGAUCAAGACAAGAAAAAAAGAGACAGGGAGACAGAUGAGUUGCUGCAGCAGCACCAGCAGCUGCAGCAAAGGAUACAAAUGGAGACAGCAUUUAAACCUCUUCAAUUAAUACAACUGCCUGUCUUAAGAGAGUAUAUUCAGUAUGAACUCUGUGAUAAUGGGCGUUAUUGCUUAGAACGCGUGAUUGACGAUUUUAUAUUUUUAUGUUUUUUAUGCGGCAACGACUUCCUACCUCAUUUGCCUCACCAAUCUAUUCAAAGAGGUAGCAUUGAUUGUCUCCUUGAGGUGUAUAGGCACCUCAGACCUUCAAUUCUCACAGGCUAUCUUACAAAGGCAGGCCGCGUUAAUCUCCUGCAGCUGCAAAUCUUUCUUCAAGCAUUUUCAUCUGUUGAAGAGGAACUCAUCAAGAGAGAGCUUAUCAGAAAAGAGCGUCUUCGAGAGAAGCAUCAGCAGGAGCAGCAGACUCUCCACGGCCCUGCAGCACCUCUGCGAGAUCGGGGCAUGCAACAGCAGCCACACUGGCAGCAGCAGCAGCAGCAGCAGCAGCAGCGACGAGAGCAGCAGCAGCAACAGCAGCAGCAGCAGCAGCAGCAACAGCAGCAGCAGCAGGGACUUCCUUCAAAUGAAGAAGUUGCGAGGCAGCUAAAGCUGGCGCUGCUGCAGAAAGGCGCAGCAGGGGGCCCCACACCCACACAAAAUGAAUCUGCUGCUCAGGGGGAAGCAGCUAAACCUGCAGCAGCAGCAGCAGCAGCAGAAACAGCAGCAGCGGCAGCAGGUGAUGCAGCAGCAAAUGCUGAGACGGAUCAGGCGGGAGCAGCAGCUGAAGAUCCAACAGCAGCAGCAGCAACAACAGCAGCAGCAGCAGCAGAUGUGGAAGCAGCAGCAGCUGCUGGAAACGGCACUACGUUGCCAUCACAAGCAGCAGCAGCAGCAGCAGCAACUGAAGCAACAGGAGACACAAACACCCUGGACGCUGUCUCUGCCCCCAACGCAAAGCGGCUGAAGGCCCAUGACGGAGCAGCAGCAGCAGCAGCAGAAGCAGCAGGAGCAGCAGCAGGCGGAGGGAUGCUGCGCAGUCGCUGGGAAGAGGAUGUGGAUUUGUUUAAACAACGCAUGCAAGAAGCACUCAGCGUUAGGACAAUAAACCUAAGAAAGCAGCAGCAGCAGAAGCAGAAACAGCAGCAGCAGCAGCAGCAACAGCAGCAGCAGCAGCAGCAGGAAGAAGAGGAUGGCUUUGAGGCGGCUGAGGAUUUGUUUAAACCUUCUCUGCCUUUAAAACCAGUAGAGCAGCUGAUGGCUGUGCUGCCUCCGUUUAGCGCUGCCUGUCUCCCCGCUGCUUUUUGCCGCUUACUUCGGUCUUCUGUCUCCUCUAUCGCUGAUUUCUAUCCACUUAAAUGCAACUACGACCCUAACGAAGAGAAAGAAAGAAAUCGCUGCUCUGAGACUGAGGUGUAUGUACACCUCAGCCAUCCUCUAGCAAAAGUAAUACAACAGCUUACGCCCCAGCACGGCAGGGUGCUUUCAGCAGACGAAGAGCUGCAGUGGCCUGCUGCUGCUGCUGCUGCAGCUCCUGCUGCUGCUCCUGCUGCAGCUCCUGCUGCAGCUCCUGCUGCAGCUCCUGCUGCUGCUGCUGCAGCUCCUGCUGGUGCUGCUGCUGCAGCUCCUGCUGCUAAAGAUAGGCGUCUGCCUCGUGCAGUGAUAGGCGAAGGGUUAGAAAUAUCUGUGAGCAGCAGCGGCGGCUUAGGGGGCUAUCUCUUUUUGUCUCCGUCUGCUCCUCAGCCUGGAGACAUCGUGCAAAGCCCCAUCGAGGGCAUGAGUGCAUGCAAGUGCAGCUCUGUUUGCUGCUUUGUGUCUCCUCCUCGCAUGGGGGGCCCCCCUAUCUCUUAUUUGCUGCCAGGCGCAGACAGCGGGGGCCCUUUUCUAGAUAGAUACGACCUUGAAGAAGAGUCGAGGAGGGACAGGGCUUUCAAUGGAGCAGCAGCUCGGCGUAUGGUUGCAUUUGCUCUGGGGCGCAGCCAGCAGCAGCAGCAACAGCAACAGCAGCAGCAGCAGCAGCAAGGAUACGAAGGAUAUCACAACGGGGGCCGCUAUCAGUACAGGGGCCCCCAGGGGCCCCAUCAGCAGUACUCCCAGCAGCAGCAAUACCAGCCGCAGCAGCAGCAGCAGCAGCAGCAGUAUAGAGGGUCUCUGCCUCCACAGCUGUGGCGGCCGCCCCCCUAUGGGGGCCCUCCCCCUCCGAUGUCUGUACAUCCUGCUGCUCUUGCUGCUGCUGCUGCUGCUGCACCGCAGCACAUGAUUCCUGUUGCUAUGAGGCUUCAGCAACAGUUAAAUCCUAUGGCCUUUGAUGCAGGGCGGCAGCAGCAGCAGCAGCAGCAAAACAGAUGGGGGGAUGGAGCAGCAGCAGCACCGCCACCACGCAUGGGGGGCCCCCCUCAGGCCCCGUGGUCUGCUGCUGCUGCUGCUCCUCACAGCAGCAACGCACAGAGGCCUUUCUACGACAACAUGAGAGACGGGGGGCAUGCAAGGCCCCCCUGGCAGCAGCAGCAGCAGCAGCAGCAGCAGGGGUACCCUGGCGAUGGACGCUGCAGCACGCAGCCAGCCUGGAGGCCGCCCUGGAGUGGUGGUUCGAACCUGCAGCAGCAGCAGCAGCAGCAGCAGCAGCAGCAGCAACACCAGAGGAGCGACAGCAACGGGUUUGUUAAUAUGACGUUUAGAGGUAAAUACACCUAA